GUACGUGGACGACCACCAGUCGCACUACAUCGACCUUCUGCGCGAGGCGGUGGAGAUCAAGUCUGUGUCAGCCUGGCCAGAGACGCGCCAGGAGAUCGUGCGCAUGGUACACUGGGUCGGCGACCGGCUCAAGAAGCUGGGCGCCACCGUCGAGUACCGCGACGUCGGCAAACAGGAGCUGCCGUCAGGCGAGUCUCUGCCGCUGCCGCCGGUGCUGCUGGGCCAGCUGGGCUCGGACCCGGCGCAGCGCACGCUCUGCGUGUACGGCCACCUGGACGUGCAGCCGGCGCUGCGCGAGGACGGCUGGAACACGGAGCCGUUCCAGCUGAUCGAGAAGGACGGUCAGCUGUUCGGCCGCGGUUCCACCGACGACAAGGGACCCGUGCUCUGCUGGCUGCACGCUAUCGAGGCGCUCCAGGCCACCAAGCAGAAGCUGCCCAUCAAUAUCAAGUUCGUGUUUGAGGGCAUGGAGGAGUCGGGCUCGGAGGGCCUGGACGAGCUGCUGGCCGCCGAGAAGGACAAGUUCCUGAAGGGCGUCGACUACGUCUGCAUCUCGGACAACUACUGGCUGGGCAAGGAGAAGCCCUGCAUCACCUACGGCCUGCGCGGCGUGUGCUACUUCUUCAUCGAGGUUCAGUGUGCCAAGCAGGAUCUGCACAGCGGCGUCUUCGGAGGGACCGUGCACGAGGCGAUGGGCGACGUCAUAUACCUGAUGAACACGCUGAUGGACGUCAACGGCAAGAUCCUGGUGGACGGCAUCUACGACCAGGUGACGCCGCUGACGGCGGAGGAGCGCGCGCUCUACAAGAACAUCGACUUUGACCCGGAGGACUACCGCAAGGACAUCGGCGCCAAGCGCUGCAUUCACAAGGGCGAUAAGGCGGAGACACUGAUGCACAGGUGGCGCCACCCGUCGCUGUCGCUGCACGGCAUCCACGGCGCGUUCUCGGAGACGGGUGCCAAGACCGUGAUCCCUAUGAAGGUGACGGGCAAGUUCUCGAUCCGCAUCGUGCCCAACCAGACCCCGGAGUCGGUGGAGAAGUGUGUGGUCGACUACCUGAACAAGCAGUGGAGCAAGCGCGGCAGUCCCAACGAAAUGAAGGCGUACAUGUUCCACGGCGGCCGCUGCUGGGUGACAGACCCGCACCACCCGCACUUCCAGGCCGGCGCCAGGGCCAUGAAGUCGGUGUUCGGCGUCAUGCCCGACCUGACCCGCGAGGGUGGCAGCAUCCCCGUCACCCUGACAUUCCAGGAGGUCACCGGUAAGAACGUGAUGCUGCUGCCGGUGGGGGCGUGCGACGACGGCGCCCACUCGCAGAACGAGAAGAUCAACAUCCGCAACUACAUCCAGGGCAUUAAGGUGCUCGGCUCGUACAUGAACGAGGUGUCCCAGAUCAAGGAGUGAUGCGGCGCCGCUGGACGGCCGGGCGACAUUCCACGCCGGAUCAGCGGUGCCUGCGGUGUCGCCCCGUGCUCGUGCCUCGAGACAGAAGGAUGUGCCAUGCGAUUAUGUCGUUUUACAGCGCGCCGUUGCUUAGCCGGCAGUGAUGGGUCGCAUGGCGACGGGGAUCUUCUGGUGAUAUGGGGCGCGGUUCUGGUUAUUGCCUUAUGGUGAAUCAUAAGCUUGCUAAUGUUGAUCAUCUUUGAUUGAAAUAAAUGGGACCACUGCGGUCGUGAUUCUU